GCCAACUCACACUCACCAUUCCGCUCGUCGAAGUUACAUCCACCAUGGAGGCAGCCGAGGAAGCUUCUGGGAUAGACACAACUGACUUUCACUUCGGAGUCGCGGACUGGACCAUAUUUGUUCUCUUGUUGGUGACGUCCGUGGUUAUCGGGGUGGUCAUCGCCGUGAGGGACCGUGGACGUGCCAGCACUCUAGAAUUCCUGCUGGGGGGCAGAAACAUGCCACCCAUCGCUGUGGCAUUCUCCCUGCUGGGAGGCUGGGUGUCUGCUAUCUCCAUAUUAGGGAACUCGACGGAGGUCUACUUCCACGGCACUCAGAUCACCACCACCAUGCUCGGCGUCAUACCCGCCAUCAUCGUCAUGCACCAGAUCAUCACUCCUAUCUUAUAUAACCUCAGACUCUAUUCCAUCAAUGAGUACCUGGAGUUGCGAUACCGAAGCGCGGCGCUGCGGAAGGUUGGAACCAGUGUCACUCUCCUAUAUGAGUCCGCCUACUCUGGCAUAUGCCUGUAUGCUCCGUCGCUCGCUCUCGCCACCGUCACCAGCAUCUCCCCCUUCAAUUCCGUACUCAUCGCGGGUGCCAUUGUCACCUUCUAUAUCACUGUCGGCGGCGUGAAGGCGGUGGUGUACACAGACGUGCUGCAGACGCUGCUUAUGUUGGGAGGAGUGUUGGCGGUGGUGGUGAUGUGCUGCAUGGAGGCUGGCGGUGUGGAAAAGGUGUGGGCCACAGCUGGGCAGGGCGGCCGACUGGAGUUCUUCAACCUAGACACCAGCCUCCACGUCCGCCACACUUUCUGGUCCACCGUCUGCUUAGGCUUCGCCAUGACGAUAAACAUUAUCGCAACAGAGCAGGCAAUUUAUCAACGUCUUGCUUCCGUUAAGAGCCUCAGGAUUUCCAAACGACUCGUGUGGUUCUUCCUGGUUGGGUUGUGGUGCAUGUGGAUUGUAUUCUUCUUCUCCGGCCUGGUCGCCUACGCCACCUACAGCACUUGCGACCCUCUCACCUCAGGCAAGAUCAAGAAGCCGGACCAGAUCAUUCCUUUCUUGAUCACCGACAAGCUGGGCUACAUCCCUGGUCUGUCCGGCGUGUUCGUGGCGGCAGCGUACGGCGGGAUGCUCAGGUGAGAGGGUAGGUGAGCUAGUAGAGGUGCAGGGAAGAAAGGAUCAUGUGUGAAACUGUGCAGAAGUAAGGAAUAGGCGUUUAAAGCUUACAUGGAGUUGAAAACAACCAACGUUUUCGAAGAUGAUGUUAAUUCCUCCAUCUAAUAGGUGAAGACAAUCUCGGGUCGUUACAGUUAUCGACAAAAAAUAAACAAAUA